AUGGCGCCCGCGCUCGGUGGCGUAAGCUUCACGGUCGCGGGGGGCUCCUCCGUUGGCGUGGUGGGCCGCAGCGGCGCGGGGAAGAGCACCUUGCUGGCGCUGCUGCUGCGCCUCCGCGAGCCCACCGAGGGCCGCAUCCUGAUCGACGGGGUCGAUGUGGCCAGGCUGGGCCUGCAGCUGUUGCGGCGGCGGCUGGCCAUCCUGCCGCAGGAGCCCCUGCUGUUCCCAGGGACGUGCCGGGAGAACCUGGACCCCUUCGGCGAGCAUUCCGACGAGGAGCUGCGGUGCACGCUGCGGGCGGUGGGGCUCGGCUCCCUGGCGGUGGGCACCUCCGCGCCGGCUGGCAGCAGCGGCCGGGGCGCGGCCGAGGCCUCGGCGCUGUCCGUGGGGGAGCGCCAGCUUCUGGCGCUGGCGCGGCUCAUGUUGCGGAAGGAGCAGGACAGCAGAGUGGUGCUCUUCGACGAGCCGACGUCCUCAGUCGACGCGGCGACGGACCAGAGGGUACAGGAGGCCCUCCGCACCAGGUUCGGCACGAGCACGGUGCUGACGGUGGCCCACAGGCUGCAGACGGUGGUGGGUGCCGACCGCAUCCUGGUGCUGGACGCCGGCCGCGUGGUGGAGUUCGGCCCGCCCUGCGAGCUGCUCGCGGACGAGUCAUCCCGAUUCGCGGCCCUCGCGAGGGAGGCGGGCGACUUUCGCGGGCCUGAGAAGGCACCUCCCUCUCCCGCCGCCGCUCCGUCUGGGCUUUCCUCGCCCCCCUCGCGCGAAGAAGUGGUUCGUCUGCACGCAGUAGGUGGGCUCGCGUUGCCGCCGGCUGGGUCUUUCUGCGGCCGGCUGCCAGGCUGGGGACGCCGCGGUGUACCGCGGUGGCGGAUCUCGGACCGCGGUGCCGCGGGCCACCGCCCGCCGCGCCGGCACCGCGGCGGCCGCGCCCUCGGCUGCCGCUGGCGAUUUUUCUAG